UGGGUUGGCAUUCUCGGAGUUGGUUUUGGCUUGAACUGUGUGGGAUAUUAAUCGAUACCUCUGAUUACUCUCUCAUUUGACUGACAUGCUUGUGAGGCUGAUAAUGUAGUCACCAUUAACCAUGGCUCUUUUCUUUAUUAGGGUUUGAUUGCCUAGUUUGAAAUGCUGCCUAUGUGUCUAGGCAGUCAAAGUUGCUUAAGACUGUAGACAAUUGCCGGACUAUCCCGAUGCUAGUCUUCAAUUUACACGUCAAAGCCAUAGUCCAUACUGCUAAAACUGCUCUUCUUCCUCGUUGCAAUGAGAAUAACAUCCAGCCAAGAUGUCAUACACUCAAUGUUACGGCAUCAACACAAAUGAACAGGACUGGAAGCUCAUCUGGCCGCAACUCGUCGAGGAAAUUCAUGCCAUCAUCGAGGUCUCUCGAUGUCGACAAUGGGAAAGGGUAUGGUUCUGUAUACUUCUUCCCCCUGGUCCUCGUCAAAAUCGCAGUAGUAGAUCUUGCCGUGCCAUUGGUUGUAUUCUGCUCCAUUAUGAUUUGUUACUUCAACUCCGGAGGAGGAUUUGGAUCAAUGGGAUUGGGUACGACGCGCACUUCCCGUUUAUUAGGAGGACGGAGGUAGGGCGUUCAUGACAUCUGUGGAGACCACGCGCAAAUCGUAUGAUGAUGUGGUGAGUUGUAUCUUGCUGAGAGUGUUUAUGCUUGCGCCGAAUG